AUGAAGCGCCCUGGACGCAAGAGAGAGAAAGACAACGGCCACGAGGGCAGGAGCAGCAGCAGCGGACUGUCCAGUUCCAGCAACGUCGAAAGUACAGGUCUUCCCGGCGAUGUACAACAUGCAGAUGUAUCGUUGCUCCCUCAGGAUCAGACACCGUCCCCCAGACUAUCAGAAACUGCCGAGUCUUUCCAUAUGGAUAUGUUUGCGGGCCCUCUGACUCCGCUUGACUCAUUUCUGUCUCCCGGUAUAUCCGGGAUGAGGGACUGUCUCACGGAGCUUCUGGCAACGCCCAUCAACUUCUCAGAACUAGGGUUAAUAGACCCUAGCUUAUCAGGUUUUACUCAAGAGCAACAUGAAAUUGCGUGCCUGUUUGGGUCCGAUGGUGUCAGUACAGAUCCCGACUUGCUGUCAGGGCAGUCGCAGCUCGAAUUCAAUCUCUCACCUAGACCCUCAUCGUCGGGGGAUCAGUCUUUCUCGGAGGGUGGACCGAAGUGCAGCGACAAAUCAAAGUGCCAUUCUAUCUGCGGCUGCAUGGUGCGAGCACUAAACCUCAUAAACACCCUCUUUUCCUCCCGAGUGUCCUCAUCCACGUCGUCCUCCUCACCAGCCGUUCCACGCGACAGCGCUCCAGGCUCUCCACCCACCCGCCCCGAUCCCUUGCUCGAAGCACUAUUGGCAGAGAAUAGAGAGUCCAUGGAGAUAGUCCACAACAUCCUGAAAUGUGAAUGUGGUGAGAUGACCUAUCUAAUACCUAUGCUGUCGAUCGCUGUGGUGAAGGUCCUCGAGCGAUACGCCCUCACCGCGCGCGAGCUCGCCGGAGACCUAGGAUUGGAGGGCAAAUACAAAGACCCCGAUCGACCAUUCAGCAGCUCGGUCGAUGACGACCACAGCACGGGCCGGACGACCGCGCAGCUGAUCCUCAACGAGCUGCAUCGUGUGCAGGGGGCCGUUAACCUGGUCGAGCGCCUACUCAAGGAGGACUCGCCGGAAGAUUGUGUGAGACGCGGCCAACAGUGCCCGGUUUCAUCAUCGCCUGUCGCUUUCUCGCCCACCACCGUCCACCAGAUGAACACGGAUUUGCGCAGCCGCUUGACUAGCCUGUCUUCCGAGAUUAUCAAUAUCCUGCGACAGAGUUAA